CUCUCCUCUCUCCAGAACAUGGCGGAGUACAGCUCUCUGCUCAGCGACCUGUCUGAAAACAUCACCAACGAGGACUUGGAGCAGCUCAAGUCGGCCUGUAAGGAGGACAUCCCCGAGGACCAGAGCAACAACAUCACCUCCUCCAAGGAGUGGUUCAGCUACCUGGAGAAGAAUGACAAGCUGGCCCAGGAUAACCUGUCGUACAUCGAGCACAUCUUUGAGAUCUCGCGGCGACCGGACCUGCUGACGAGGGUGAUCGAGUACCGCACCACCGUGCUCAAGAUCUCUGAGGACGAGGAGAUCGACACCAAGCUCACACGCAUCCCCUCGGCCAAGAAAUACAAAGGGUCCAAACUGUCCCGUCUAGCGAGGCCGGACCCCAAGUGA